AUGGCCGAGACAGUAGUCAGGAGAAGCAUGGCAGAUUUGCCAGAACCCAUCAUACAUCACAUACUCUCUUUUCUCUCAGGUGAUCAAGCAGCUCAAACAACUGUGUUGUGCAAGGCAUGGUUGAAUGCAUGGCUCACUCGCCCCACUCUAGCAUUUAGCAGUGCCUUCUUCUUCUCCAAGAAAAAGAAAAGGACAAAAGAAUUUUGUUGGCAUCCGCCGGAUAGGGAUGAGAUCAGGGAAUAUAACAACUUCGCCAAAUACGUGGAAAGGAGUUUCGAUAGGUACCAUAAACAGAAGACUGGUAUAGACACGAUUGAGCUGGAGAUCGAUAAAGGUGUGUUUGACUGGGAGCCGGUUAUCAGGAGAUGCAUUCAAGUUGCUGCAGAAGACAGCGUGAAAAACCUCAAACUCUCACUCUGCAACAGUGAGUUACCUGAAAUUCUUCUUUUUGAAGCUAAAUCACUAGUAGAUUUAACUCUUAGCCAGGUCAAGUUGGUUGAGCGAUCAACUGAGAAAAUUAAACCGUUUGAUCGUCUCAAGAGGCUGUCUCUUAACUAUGUAGAGUUCUAUGAUGUGCCGUUUGAGAGCAUAAUAUCAUGCUGCCAAUCGGUUGAAAUCUUGGAAAUUAGUUACUGCAAAAAUGGCAACGAUUCUGAUCAAUAUUUUAAGGUGGCCGGACAAAAUGCUCUCAAGGAGUUGAUUGCCGUGUUAUCACAUCCUCAAACACUAAUCUUGUGUGAGGCACCAAGUCUUGAAUCACUUACUUGUAAGUCUGACGGCAAGCAUGGUCAGUAUCCUUGCUUGCUUAAUUUGCAUUCAUCUCAAUAUGAGAAUCUCAAGAGUUUGUUGCUAUCUGGUGUUGGCGUUGGUGACGUUUUUUUUGUCAACUUGGCACAUUAUUUUCCACACCUUGAAAGUUUGUCUGUCCAAUAUUGCCAAGAUUUGAGGAACAUCAAAAUCUCGAGUCCCUCCCUAAAAAGAAUACAGUUGGUGCGGAAUUGGGGUUUGAGAAAGGCACAAUUUGAUGUUCCGAGUAUCAUAAAAUUUGAGUAUGAUGACCGAAAAUGCAGGAUCAUACCCGAGUUCUCUUUUGCAGCUGCUUCAAGUCGUUGGGUUUCUUGCUUUACUAUAUGCACGCAGGAAGAUGCGGGCAAUUCAUGUUUCCUCCAAUUGAAGAAACUGGUCACCAGUUUAGCUCAGUCUGCAGUUUCACUCAAACUUAUGUUUAGAUGGAAUGAAGCAUUCAAUUUUGAGGAGGCUAUGAAGGAUGGAGGAUUUGACGAACCUCAAGUGUUGCAGGAACUGUUUUCCAAGUCCAUAGAUUGGAACUUCCGUGUUUCAUCUGCUUAUUCAAUGUUGGAUGUUAUUUUUUGGGUGUGUCGUCCAAAAGCCAUAGUGGAUUUUUGGAUUAACAAGCCUAGGUACAAUGAGAGGUUGCACUUUCUGUACACGAAGCUUAUGUUCAGAAAAAAUCAUAAACAAUUUCACAAUUCUCAACAAAUGAAGUUUUGGCAGAGCGAUCUAAGGGAAGUAAAAGUAGAGAUCUUUCAUCGUUGCGUAAUUCACUCGGAGCUCGGCUUGGACUUCAUUUUAGUUGGAGAAGGAGAGCAGUUGGAGGAAACUCUAGAUUGUAAGGAUUUUCUGAGUUUUCUAAGAACUCGUGCACCCAGCUGGGGAAUGAUGAUUAAAUUCAAAUUGGAUUGGGAGACCAACUGA